AUGAUGAGGCAUUCCCAAGAGUCUAAGAAAAAGGAGGAUGUGGUUGUGAGGAGAUCAGUUCGUCUCAUGAACAAGCAGGCCAAGAAGCAGGUGGUCAAAGACGAGCAUCAGAUGAGAGUUGAGGCCAAGAAGAAGGCAAGAGUCCAGAAGAAGAAACCAACUGCCAGGGAGGUAGAAGGCAAGUGCAGAGGUACAGCGGGGCCGUGUGUCCAAGCUGGCCACCGCCAUGGCCAAACUGGCAGCCACCAUGGCCAAGCUGGUUCCCGUGGCCACGGUGGCUCCCAGGGCCUUGCCGGCCAAGCUGGGCCCUAUGACCAAGCUGGCCCCCACUCAAGUCAAGUAUCUGUGAAGCUCCCACGUGGCAAGAAAGGCAUGAAGAAAUACGACAAGAGAGGUAGGCUGAACCUGAAUGGAGAAGACCUCUGUGACUGCCUGGACCAAGACUGCCUGGGCUGCUUCUACCCGUGCCCUGAGUGCCAGUCCACCAAGUGUGGGCCCACCUGCCGCCGCAACCGGAAGUGGAUUUACGAAGCCAUUGCCAACGAGGGUGGAGAAGUGGUUAGCAACUUCCCAUUUCCUCAUGCUAAGUAA